AUGGACCCACCUGAACAGCCGCGAACCGAAGAGGAGCCUCUCACAUGGGCCAUUCUGACAUUCGUCGGGGUACACACCGUCAAGGAAUCCACGAUCAGAGCGCUACCCAAUAGAUUACCCGAAAAUGAGCGAAACCUCUUCGUUGUAGGCCUCGCGGGUACAGUGUUCGAAGGCCAAAACCCCCAAAACCGCAUGGAAGUUCGCUGGGAAAUCCGGAUCGAUGUGGAUCACCAGUUCCAUGUGAACACCAAAAAGAUAUGGAAGAGAGCAAACGAAAUAGAUUGGCAAGGGGAAAAUUGGAGAGUCGUGAAGAUUGUUGCAGACCCGGAGAAUUAUUAUAAAAACAUCAGACAGAGAUUCUACAACAGGACAGGAUACUUUGAUGAAACGAGGGAGAGGCAAGGUAAUCGUUUUGAAACAUCAGCCGAAAUUCUGAGAGGGAUGUUUGUGGGAGGAACCUAUCUUGAUGGUCUCUAG